ACGGCUGCGUUGCACACGUAGUCUUCCACUGCCUCCCAGGCAGCAACUUUCUUGUUGAACCAGCCGCUAACCCUCGCCACGCUUACGAGGCUCGAAUCCACGAUCGCUCUCAACACCACUUCAGUGUGGUUGUGUGUGACGCCCAUCAGCAAACAGCAUCCCUAAAACCGGUGCACCUACCUAGGUCAACAAGAUAAAAAAAAUGGAUCUUCCACCCGGGCCUCUUCCACUCAGCGAAGCCGACUUCCUUGACUUCAUUUUUAACUACUUCAAAGCCGAAUACGCCCCCAUCAGAUGGAUCUUCGCCUCCACGGCCGAUGCGGUGCCUCUUCAGGCAAAGCGCUUUCUCGCCAUGGGGGACCACCUCUCCCCGACCUCCUUCCGCCCUGCUGACCCGCGCGCACACGCAGACCUCCAGUCUCUCGAGUACUGCAUCCGGAAAUGGAAUCUGGACGCCGCUUUCGUGAAGGGCAUCGUCGUGCGGUACGCAAAGUACCGGGUGCACGAGCGCCUCGAAAAGAAGCUGUAUGAAUGCUUACGCGGAGACUUGAUGGUACGCAAAGCGCUGAAAGAGAAAGCGCUAAUCGACCGCCUCUGGCCAUCUCCAGCCCCGGCGAACUUGCCCAAGGAGCUGCUGCAGCAAGGUGUUCAGGUUCGCCAGUGGUACGGGUACAUGUUCUUCAAGUACUUCCGCCUGCUGCGGGCCGAGGACGACUUCUCGUUCAGGCCGGAGGUCGCGCAGGCGCUGAAGAGCGCGGGGACGCUGAUGCUGGUGCCGUUCGCGGAGCAUAUUUCUGCUGGACCCGUGGAACCUAUCAGAGCGAUUAUGGCAAAUGGGGCGAGCUUUGUGAAUGCGCCGAAGAGCAGGAAUAGGGAGAGGGAGGCGAGAGGGUUUGGGGAGCCGGAGAAGUUUGAGAUCAGGUUUGAGACGCCCGGGGAUGUGCAGAAUACGGUUGCGAGGAGCGUAGUGCGGCAGUGUCGGUGUCUGAAGUGCGGGACGCUGAGAGAUGUGCAGGUUGCGGUGUUGAUCGAUCCGACACCUGGAGGUGUAGCACCACAGGGGUCACAGGGGACGCAGAGGAGGCCAAGUAAUCCGAAUACGUCGGCACCAAGAAGAAGCAAUCCGUCGAAGACUAGCCAGCGGUAUACGCCUGGGUACGACAUGCCUGGUCCGCAGGAGUCAGCACAGCGACAGGCACUCCCGCCGCAAGUGGAGCUCCAUAACGCGAGUCCGGGCGUUCGGUCGCCUUCAUCCGUUCAGAAGAAACAGUGCCCAGCAUGCACGUUUCUGAAUCACCCUGAGCUCAAAGCCUGUGAGAUGUGUCAGAGUCCCCUACCGGAGACGCUGACAACGAAGCCGGCUAGCCCAGUACAACGGCACACGAAGCCAGCACAUGCGCACUCAGUAUCACUACCAGCAAAUUCGCGUGCUGAACAGAUGAAGAAGGAUGAGCGGCCUGGACUUUUGGACAAGGUGAAUAGAUACAGUCUCGGUCUCGGCUCAUCGCUGUACUCCCUCGCGCCUUUCAGUGUCGCGCAGCAACAGCAACAGCAACAGCAGGCGACAGACCAAGCUCCACCCCCGGCUUCCAACGAACCACGCGUCAACGGACCUCUUCCGGGCGCACCAAGCGGCUCAGAUGUACCUCAGGAAGCGGAGACGCAGACGGCAGCGCCCUUAGUCCCGCACCGCGAUCGCAACGUCUCACCCCCAGCGCCCGCCCAAGCACAAACGAAUGAAGAAGAACAAGCACCCCCAACAACGCCCCCACCACUUUCCUGCCCAGAACCCUCCAACUUCCCCGAAAUGACCCUAAUGCCUCUAACCCCGCCGCCCAUCUCCACUUCUUCCCUCCGCCGCCCCACACCCCUUGGUCUCCCUCAGAACCUUAUGGAUGACUACGUCCCCGUUUCGCCGCCUGUAGCGCACACUGCAGGGAAUGAAGACGAUGCUGGGUGGGGCGCGGGGUGGGGCGAGGUUAGCAGGGAGCAGGUUAGGGAUAAUGAGCAGGAGGAAGACGAGGAGAAAGAUAAGGGGAUAGGGAUGGUGGAUUUGGACGAGGUAGCGAGGGAGGAGAUGGGUGUUUGGGGGGAAAGGGAGGAUGAGUGAGGGGAAUGAACGUCUGGGGAGCGGAGACGAGGUGAGAUGGCCUUACACAUUUGGAUUCUACGAGGAAAAUCUGCAUAUCCUGAGCGCGGAGAGGGCGGCGAUUCCGGCAUUUACAAACCAUGCGGUGAGGUCUUUGGAGCUCGGACUCCAAUUCUACUUGAUAUUUUGAUAAUCGCCCAGGAUUCAAGCUCUUAGUUUUGUUUUACGCAAUGAUAUGUCGUGCUACCCUAGCUACAUGUCCCAAAUAUAUUCGUUCAC